AUGCAUGCGGGCUGUCUCAUAGACGGGGUUAAUAUGAACAAUGUGAGCUAUGCCGACGACAUGGUGCUGUUGAGUGCGUCAGUCUGCGGCAUCAGAAGGUUGCUUAAAGUAUGUGAGGAUUACGCACACACGCACGGACUCAAGUAUAAUGUUAAUAAAAGUCAGUAUAUGGUUUUUGGGGUCGAGUCUAAAAUACCAUCUGUAAUACCACCUAUCAAACUUAACACGGUUGCCCUGCAAAGGGUAUACCAGUUCAAGUAUCUAGGUCAUAUCGUUACUACCGACCUCAAGGACGAUGCUGAUAUAGAACGGGAACGUAGGGCCUUAUCGUCUAUGGAGAAGGUACACCUUGAGAUCGUAUAG